AUGAAAUUCACAUCAAUCUUAACCGUUCUUCUGAUAUUUAUCAUUGCUAUCGCUCAUGCAGCUCCUGUGCAAACAAAAAUAGGAACUCAUCUAAGAACACUUGGUGUGAGCUUUCAGGAUUCUUAUAGAGACCUUAACAGUAAAGUGAAAGCGGUCGAAAAAAAGUAUAAAAAGAAAAUCGCAUCAUUUGCUGGGGAAGCAAAAGAAGCCGCGGCAAAGGAUGGUACUGAAGUACCAGAAUUUUUGACAACUUGGAAUGAUAAUUAUCACGAUCUUUCAGUCAAAUAUAUAGGUAUCUCUAAACAGAUGGACCUUAAAAUUAAAAAACUUGGGGAUUAUUUAAAAACAAAUAGUUAA